AUGCCCUCCCCCCGUCGCCUCCGCCUGCUUAUGCUGGCAACGCUCGUCACCGUCGUCCUCACCCUCAUGUACGUCUCGAGCCUCGACGACGCCGCCGCCAACGACAAACGCACCAUCAAAGACUUUUACCACAAGACCAUGGACGGCAUGAGCAAGGGCAACGGCCCUCCCGGCCAGGCCGUCCUGGACAAGGUCGCCGCCGCUGCAUCCCGCGACAAGGAUGGCGGCGCCGGCGGUGACAAGCAGUUUGCCUCCGAUACAAAGGAGAGGCUCAAGGCGGCCGAGCAAAAGGCAAAGGCAAAGGCAAACGGCAAGGCACUCCGCCCGGAUCCCCCCAGCCAGAUUGUCGGCGUCGGCAACUCAGCAGAGGGCCAGGCCAAGAAGCCAAAGCCUGCCGCCGAUGCCGCCCCGUCUCCCAAGGCCAACGGCGACCCGCCCGAGACGGAGACCAAGGAGGAGCACGCCGCCGAGAUGGAGAUGAAUAGCAUCUUGAAGAAGGCUCCUGUCAUCAUCUUCUCUAAGUCUUAUUGCCCCUACUCCAAGCGCGCCAAGAGCAUCCUCCUGGAGAAAUACUCCAUCAAGCCCGAGCCCUACGUCGUCGAGCUCGACGAGCACAAACUCGGCAGCCUCCUGCAGGACCAGCUCCUCGAAAAGACGCGCCGCCGCACCGUGCCCAAUAUCAUGGUCAACGGCGUUAGCAUCGGCGGCAGCGACGAGAUUGUCGAGCUCGACAACGCCGGCAAGCUGGCCGCCAAGAUCAUAGACCUCGGCAACAAGCGCGUUGAGGUGAGCGACCGUCCUGGCGCCGUCGGCUCUCGAAAUGCCUGA